AUGGAUGAAACAAAUUCGGUCAUCGCAACCACUAGCAGCAUUUCCACCACGCGACGACAGCGCAAACGACGUAGCAAGGUCACUAGGGCUUGCGAUGCCUGCAAGCUGAAGAAGAAAGCCUGCACGGGGAAUGUCCCCUGUGCUCCUUGUCUGCGAUUCAACACAGCUUGCACGUACAACUCCUCGUACAGUCGGGGUGCUGCUUUGCCUCCUCCUUCCUCCCAUCAGAAUCACUCCCCCUAUGUACCAACAACUCCUCUUGAUUCACCAGUACAUCAAACUCCGUUGUCGAUAUUGCGUCCCUCAGAUAGCCCAUCGCCACAGGUAUCACAAGAGCCAAAUCCGGUCACAGAUGUUGUGGGCCAGUACUGCGGCCCAGCAUCCACCCACUCUUUCCUGGGUAGGGCUGUUCAGAAAUUCUCCAACACUUCUAGACACUCGAUCACAACCCAGCCCGACGUGGAUGCAUCAACUUCCCCCUCCAUAUUCAGCCAUGGAGAUCGCAGAGUUCCGGCUGUCGAUCAAAGUCUAUUUCACUGGCCAGAUAUUAUGAUAGCGCGCGAUUUAGUCCGUCGGUAUUUUGAAUUCGCUUCUCCAACCUAUAGGAUACUUCACCAGGCCACCGUCGACAGUUGGGUCGAUGCAUUCUACAGCCAGGAGUCACCAUCGUGUCCACUCCCAGCUGCCACCCAGUCCGCACUACUUAUGGUGUUUGCCACGGCCGUGAUGUUCCGUGUGGAUUCCAAUGGUCGGCUGCGCGAUGCAGAUGAAGAAGGAUGGAGACACAGCGAAAUCUAUUUCACCAUGGCUGAACAGCGAUUAUCCUACGAGGCCGGGGCGCCUACUCUGAGAUCGGUGCAGUCUCGCUUUCUCAUGGUGCUGUAUUUUUUAUGCUCCUCACGAGCGAAUCGUGCCUGGUUUACCUUUGGAACUAUGGUGCAGCUCAUGAUGUGUCUAGGGCUGCACCGCAAACAGUCUGUAUCGGAAUGGGCGACGCCAGAUCAUAUUGUUUUAGAAUGUCAGAAGCGGAUAUUCUGGUGCGCGUACACGUUGGAUAAAUAUCUGAGUCUAAUCCUGGGCCGGCCACGUUUGUUGCAGGAUGAGGAUGUUGACCAAGAGCUCCCAACGGCUGUGAAUGAUGACGAUUUGAAGGCCAUGGAAUCAAGGCCACAGCCUACAAAAGACUGCGUAAUGAACGCACCUAUUCUUCAUUCCUUGUUGUCUCGAAUACUAGCUCGGGCAGCAAAGGAACAAUAUGCUCUUCAUUCAAUGGGGGAUGCCCAGCAGAUUGAAGCAAUCCGGUCAUUGAGUGAGGAUAUCACCGAAUGGAAAAAUCGGCUGCCUCCAAUUUUAUCUGGUGCCAUCCAGCCCAGCAGCCUUAUUCCCAUCUUUCGUCGUCAGCUCACCGUCCUGCAAUUGGCACUAUUUCAUGCAACAAUGUUUGUCACCAGACCUUUGCUUUUGCGAAAUUACGCAAAGGACUUACCUGAGUGCGAAGGGUUAUAUCAGCAUUAUCUCACUGCCUGUGUCAUGGCUGCCAGAAACACAGUGCAGCUUAUAUUGAGUUUUGUCAAAGACGAUCAAUUGUUUCCGUCCUUUUGGUACUCACAAUAUAUUGCAUUCAAUGCAUUGUCGGCGAUUUAUAUCUAUUUUAUCCAAGUCAAACGGGGACGCAUCCCGGCGUGCUCUUCUUGGAGCUCACUCGAUUUGGAUAAAGGCACUUUGUAUGAGCUGGCUGAAACCACCCAGCAGCACCUCGCACAAGCGACUGUCCGUAACGCUCCCUCAUGGCGAUACAGCGCUAUCUUGGAAGGACUACGAUGUGAGGUGAAUCGUGUACUUGAUUCGGAAUCGGAUGACCAUCAACCCAGCUCUAGCCGAGCCCAGUCCACACGAAACAAUGAAACAAUGGCAGAGGAAAUGCUGAGCCCUCAUAUACCAGGGCCUGAGUAUGGAGCUCAGAAAAUGGAUAUUGCACUUCCUGAGUUUAACUUCCCCGACACGCGGGCAGAGAGUCUAUUCGAAAGCUUUGCGCUUGAUAAUGAUCCAUCCUUGAAUUUCUGGCCGCAGCUGGAUUGUCUACCAUUUAUCCCGAUAUAA